GGUAACCGGAAGUGGUGAGUGAUCGUGCGGACUGUGAGUGCUGGGCGGUAAAUGACGGUGUGAGUGUAAACAGGCGGAUAUAUCUGGAGUUUUGACCGGGGACGGCUCCUUUGUGGAUAUUAUUAUACCGAGCAGACAGCGGGUUCAGACAGGAGCCGGGAGACAUGAAGAGCAGCGUGGUCCAUACCAAGAGAUCUUCCAGCUAUGACAGGCGAGAUGAUCAUAGUUCCCGUCGGAGGAGUUCCUCGCCAGAAGACAGAUACCAAGACAGGGAUAGAUCAUUAUCCCCUAGGGACAGAGGCUACCAUGGUAGGGGCUACUCUGAUCGGAAUCGAUAUGAUGACGAUCGAUCACGAAAUGGGAGAUACGCGAGAUCAGAGGAUUACAGGGAAAAAGAUCGUCAUAUGUCAAGAAGGGAUCAAGAUUAUGAUUAUGAUUAUGACCGAAGGAGAAACAGAAGAUCUCCCCCAUCAAGGAAAAGUGAGGAGAGGUCAGAAGAACAGACAUCAGCAGAACCUCCAGUGAAGAAGAAAAAGGAAGAACUGGAUCCAAUCCUUACAAGGACAGGUGGUGCUUACAUCCCUCCUGCAAAACUCCGGAUGAUGCAAGAACAGAUAACUGAUAAGAGCAGCUUGGCAUACCAACGAAUGAGCUGGGAAGCUUUAAAGAAGUCAAUUAAUGGUCUUAUCAAUAAAGUGAACGUGUCUAAUAUUGGUAAUAUUAUUCAAGAGCUGCUUCAAGAAAACAUUGUUCGUGGAAGGGGUCAGCUCUCUAGAUCUAUUCUCCAAGCGCAGAGCGCAUCUCCAAUCUUUACCCAUGUGUAUGCUGCAGUUGUAUCCAUUAUCAACUCAAAAUUUCCGCAGAUUGGUGAACUCAUUCUAAAAAGACUCAUUUUAAACUUCCGCAAAGGAUACAGAAGAAAUGACAAGCAACUUUGCUUGACUGCUUCAAAGUUUAUUGCUCAUCUUAUUAAUCAGAAUGUGGCUCAUGAGGUUCUAGCUCUAGAAAUCCUAACCUUGCUCCUUGAAAGGCCAACCGAUGACAGCGUUGAGGUUUCUAUUGGUUUUUUAAAAGAAAGUGGACUAAAGCUAACCCAGGUUUCACCCAGAGGCAUAAACGCUAUUUUUGAGCGUCUUCGUAAUGUCCUACAUGAAUCCGAAAUAGAUAAACGUGUUCAGUACAUGAUUGAAGUGAUGUUUGCUGUUCGAAAGGAUGGUUUCAAAGAUCACCCAGUCAUUUUAGAUGGGCUGGACCUUGUAGAGGAAGAAGACCAAUUCACCCAUAUGCUUCCUUUAGAAGAUGACUAUAAUCCAGAGGAUGUACUAAAUGUCUUCAAGAUGGAUCCCAAUUUUCUUGAAAAUGAAGAGAAAUACAAGACCAUUAAAAAAGAAAUCCUUGAUGAAGGGGACACAGAGUCUGAAGAAGGAGACGAUAAAGGAGAGGGCAGUGACGAAGACAGUGAUGAUGAGGAUGAGGCAGAUGAUGGCGAGGAAGGAGAAAAAAUGACUAUUCAUGAUAAAACGGAAGUAAACCUGGUUGCAUUCAGACGAACUAUAUAUCUGGCAAUUCAGUCAAGCUUAGACUUUGAAGAAUGCGCCCAUAAGUUGAUUAAAAUGGAUUUUCCGGAUAGCCAAACUAAAGAACUUUGCAACAUGAUCCUUGAUUGCUGUGCUCAGCAGAGAACAUAUGAGAAGUUCUUCGGCUUGCUUGCAGGGCGCUUCUGUUUGUUAAAGAAAGACUACAUGGAAUCUUUUGAAGCCAUUUUCAAGGAACAGUAUGACACCAUCCACCGACUGGAAACCAACAAAUUGAGAAACGUUGCAAAAAUGUUUGCCCAUCUCCUCUACACAGAUUCCAUUCCAUGGAGUGUAUUAGAAUGUAUAAAUUUAAGUGAAGAAACUACAACCUCUUCUAGUAGAAUAUUUGUAAAAAUAUUCUUCCAGGAACUAUGUGAAUAUAUGGGACUUCCGAGGCUAAAUGCAAGACUUAAGGAUUUGACUCUUCAGCCUUUCUUCCAAGGAUUACUGCCAAUGGACAACCCAAAAAACACCCGCUUUGCUAUCAACUUUUUCACAUCAAUUGGCCUUGGAGGAUUAACCGAUGAGCUACGUGAACAUCUGAAGAAUGCACCCAAGAUAAUAAUGACUCAAAAGCAGAAUGUAGACUCUUCGGAUUCCUCAUCCCACGGUUCUGCAUCCGAUUCAGACUCUUCUUCUUCUGACUCAGACAGUAGCUCUAGCUCCGCGAGUUCCAGCAGUUCAUCCAGUGGGGGUGACUCAGAUUCCCCUAAGAGAAAAAAGACUUCACAGAAAAAGAAAAGUAAGCAUUCCCAAAAGGAACCUCAUAAAAAACAAUCCAAUGAAGGUAGGCGCAAGGAAUCAACAGACAGAAAACGUCACAAGGACAGGGAUGAGGACAGAUCAAAAAAACAUGAAAGCAGCUCAAAACACUCCCUGCACUCCAGAAGCUCCCACAGAUCAUCUCUUAUGUCCCACUGAUACUCAGUAUUUUAAAAUUGAUAUUUUAUGUACCAUAAGGGGGUUUCUAAAAGUAACAGGACUAUUUUCAACUUAUUUUUAUAUAAUACUUCCCUUGACAAAAUAACUGCUUUGUACAUAACGAACAAGAUUCUUUCAUGUGCUGAAACACCAUUGGACAUUAAAUGUACGUUACUGUUAAAUACUGGCAUUUAUCUAUUGGAGAAACUAUAAUGCCAAAACCAAAGCUGUAUUUUAGCAGCUGUCAUUGAUACAUGAAAUUGUUCUUUCUAUGGUUUUGAAACUGUUACUUUUCAUAUGUCUAUAUUAAAACCUGCUCUUUUGUAA